AUGGUGAACGUGUGCCGAGCUCUGGAGAAGAUCCAGUUGCCCAAGGGCCUCCACCACGAGCGUAUCCAGUGGCUCUCCAAAGGCCCCAAAGCUCUCCCUACUGGCGGCUACUUGCUCUAUUGGAUGCAAACGUCCGUGCGUACGAAACACAACUACGCGCUCGAGUAUGCAGUAGCUGCUGCCAACAAGCUCCAGCUGCCUCUCCACGUCGUCUAUCUCUUCCCUGACCGGUCCGUGCUACGGCCAUUACCCAAGUCUGAAGGUGACCACGACGACGAAUGGAAAGCUGAAGCUCGCCAAGAUGCGAGUGCACAUGCGUUCGUUACCGAACGUCACGCGCGAUUUGCGCUCGAAGGUCUGGCGGAUGCCUAUGAACGACUUGCAAGUCGAGGGAUGAGCUUUGAUGUGUUUCAUCAUACCCACCCGAAACAGCAGCAAGACAAGACCAAGGGCGACGGCCUCGCUCGUAAUGAGCUGCUCGAGGUGUGUGCUCGUCAAGCUGCUCUAGUAGUGACAGAUCGCCCUUAUUUGCGUCCGUGGCGCUCGGCACUGGACACCCUUGUUGCGUCUAUUGAAGAUCGAGGAGGAGGAGAAGAUGGGAACGAAACGGGUCACUCGAGUGCUGCUAGGUUUGGCAUCGUGCAGGUGGAAGGUGAAGUCGUCGUGCCUGCUGCCGUUGCAACAAAUAAGGAAGAGUACGCUGCACGUACGAUCCGUCCGAAGAUCACGAAACACUUGGAUCGCUUUGUCGUGCCGUUGGAGAGCUUGACGUUGGAGCAGUCAUGUCGAACAGACGGAAAGUCGCUGUUGAGUAGUCUGGAUAAGCACGAACAGCUCAAGCUGCUAGAUGUGACGAGCCCGAAAGCUGUUGCUGAUACCCUAGAGCUGCUGGAUGUUGACCGAGACGUCAAAAGUGUGGACUGGUGCUUUCGUGGAGGCGAGACGGCGGCUUCGGCCUGUGCCAAGAAAUUCCUCACCCCAGACAAACUUGCCAACUAUGCAACGCAGCGCAACGAACCAAGUCUGGACGCUAGUAGCGACUUGAGUGUUUACCUACGCUAUGGACACAUCUGCGCCGUUCGUGUUGCGCUAGCUGCACAUAAGCUAAAAAGUGUGGCACGUGUGAAGGAAGGACUGGCAUCGUUCCUAGAGGAACUCAUCGUACGUCGUGAACUCUCGGUGAACCUGGUGGUUUAUAAUCAGGACAACUACGACUCUUUUCGCUGCCUUCCGAACUACGCGCAGACCACGCUGCAAGAGCAUGCUGAUGACAAGCGUGACCAGCUGUAUUCACGUGACAAACUGGAGUCUUUCCAAACAGGUGACAGGUUUUGGAAUGCAGCACAGCGUGAACUUGUGGUAUCAGGUAAGAUGCAUGGCUACAUGCGCAUGUACUGGGGCAAGAAGCUGCUGGAAUGGACGCGUAGUCCCGAAGAGGGUUUUCACGCAGCGUUGGUCCUGAAUAAUAAGUACGCCCUGGAUGCACCUGAUCCAAACUCAUAUGCAGGUGUGGCCUGGGUAUUUGGAAAGCAUGACCAAGGCUGGAGAGAGCGCCCUAUCUUUGGCAAAGUCCGCUACAUGAAUGAGGCCGGCCUCAAACGAAAGUUUCCCAUGGAUGCAUAUGUGCACAAGGUGGGUCGUAUAGCAGCAAAGGCCAAGAAAGGACUUGGGGAGGCACCAGCAGCUGAGGAGGACGUGGAUCCGGCGAAGCGGGGACACGAACAGGAUGACAGUACGAUAUCGGCUGAUAGUAAUGCCACUGGGCCUGAAAAAAAGAAGACGAAGGCGUAG